AUGACUUUGCUCCGAUACCUGCGUCAUGGACUCCUGUACCCCCUGACGUGGCGACGCUGUUUGUUUUGUGAUUGCUGCUUGUUUCUCACUGCCAGGCUGCUGGCACGGGGUUGUAAGACCCUUGACGCGCACGGCGCCCUGCGCGAGUACGCCGAGUUGUGCGGGUUCUCCGGCAGCGACGACGACUGGAACGGCCAGCUGGAGGAGAUGUCCUCCCACUACGGGUGGGACUCCAGCACGGGGGUGGACUUGGCGCUCUUCGAGCGGAUGCUGAACGACCCCGAGGGGCACGCGUGGCAGGAUGACGACGGCCUGCGGGAGAUCUGCCAAGAGCUGCGGCCCCACGAGGGAGAAGAAGAAGACGAUGGAGAAGAUGAGGGCGCGGAAGAAGAAGAGUCCGAAGGAGAUGGAGAAGGAGAAGAAGAAGAAGAAGGAGAAGGAGAAGAAGCAGGCGAAGCAGAAGAAGACGAAGAAGAAGGCUCGGACGAGGAAGAGGAAGCGGCGACCGCAAGCGCCUGA